ACGUCUCUCCUCUGGGAAGGAAGGGGCCCACACAGUGACAAUAGACCAGGGGCGCUGACUCAGACAGCCAGUUCCUGCUCACUUCCCCUCACUGCAGGACAGCGGCUGGGCUGAACUGGAGGUCAGCCCUCUGUGGGGCUCUGACUCGGGCCUUUGGCUGAGAACCUUACCUAGAGAAAGACAGCACCCCUCGCUGGUCUGCUGGGACAGGACCCACUGAAGCAGUGUGGCUGGGGGUGGGUGGUGGGGGCAGAAGGAAGUAGGAAAGUAGAGAGAAGAACCUCACUUGUUGAAUCCAGCGUUGCUUUCCCUGGGCGGUGCAGCCCAGGGACCCCUGCACAGGCACCAGAGCAUAUGACCAAUGGGGUCAAACUGACUUAGCUGGGGUGCAGGGAAACAGAGUUCUGGAGGAGUCCCUGGGUACCUACGGAGGAGCCUGGGGACGGGGCUUGGAGCAGUGUGGGACCCCUCGGCCCCCUGCCUACAGUGCAGGCCCACAACACACUUCCUCACAUGAGGAUUUACUGGAUGUGGCACCUUGGUCAUCUACACCUCUAGGAUGGAGAGAGCCGAGUUUGUCACCCUCUUCUGGAGCCGGGGAGCUGCAGCUAACUCGGGUCGGGAAAAUGCGACAGCGACUGCCCACUCGAGGUCGUCAUGGCGACAGCCAGUGAACGUGUUCCUCUCCUCGGGCAGGCCCCCGAGUGUAGAGGAGCUGCUUCGAGAGGCGCAGCUCAAUCUCCAGAGCCUGUUGCAAGAAGAAUAUGAGGAACAGUACUCAGAGGCCAGACUUCUGGGGCAGACCUUCCGCUCUGCUGAUGAGGCCCCCGAGGCCACUCCUAGCCCAAGGCCCCAGGCUGGCAGGCGUCUGGAGCUUGUAUUGAUGCCUACAAAACGGCAGCUGAGCGAGGAUGAGACUACCACCCAGGGUGUGAGGGCCCCUGAGGCCUCCUCGAGCCUGUCUACCACAGCCGACAAGCAAGCUGCCUGGAAUAGCCCCUUCCCUCUGCCCAUCCUAGAGGAGAAGCGGUGGCUUCAGCCUUGCUCCACGCAAUCUGACAUUGUGCCCAUCAACAUCUCUGGGCAGCAGUUUGAUAAACAUGCAAGUUUGCGACACUCGUUGUUUAACACAGAGACAGCUGUGAACCCCAAAUCCACCCUGAGGCGGAGGCGGACCAUUAUUGGAUUCUCUAACUUUUCCCAGCGAGACCAAGGUCAUAGCAACAGGCCUGCAGGCAGUGUGGCCCACUCUGCCACCUCAGACAUCAAGUCCAGUCAUUCCAUCCCAGAAGGGGUUCAUGGAAGAAUUGCCAUUGGUCAGGAAGCUCAGUUCCCAAAUCUCACCUCACCAGUACUGAGGAGUCCUUCUAGUGAUUCAGAAGAACCUCUCCAGGCAUGUGGUGGCACAAACCCUCCUGGUAUGGAGAGCAUAGGAAUGGUGUAUAGCAUCCCCAGUUCUUGCAAUGGACCAACGGAAUCAACGUUCUCUGCUUCCUGGAAGGGAGAUACUUUUACCUACAUGACUCCAAGUGUCACCAGUCAGAACAAUCAAAUCAGUCAAAAUGGAAGAAAUCCUUCCUCUGGGAAUGCUUGGGUCUCUCUGCACACACUGCCACCUCUAGUCCCCAAGGAGGCCACUACCUUCUUUGUUACCCGAGAGAACCCAACAGGAUGCAGUGGGGCAACUGGCAACUCUGAGCAUCCUACUCAACGAAGGCAAGUAUCAGAGCGACCCUCCAAGAUGGGCCUUCUCACCAGUGGUACCUCAAGGCUGGAGACAGGCCGGGGGGGUGCCAGCAGGUUCCGGGAGCGGUCACUGUCUGUGCCCAUGGACUCUGGCACCACGGAUGUGGACUAUGAUGAGGAACAGAAGGCCAGUGAAGCCUGUGCCCUGCCUUAUGCCAGUACAAGCUCUGAGGGCAGUAACAGUACUGACAACAUUGCCUCCCUUAGCACCCAACAAGAGGCCCAGCCCAGAAGGCAGAGAUCCAAGAGUAUCUCACUCCGGAAGGCCAAGAAGAAGCCUUCCCCACCGAUGCGCAGUGUCUCACUGCUCAAAGAUGGGCCAGUCCUCUUGCCAGAACAUGGGUCAGCGCUGCCCAAGGACCAGAGGCCCAGGAGUCUCUGCCUCUCCUUGGAACACCAAGGGCGUCAGUCAUCCCACCCAGAUGCUCAGGGUCACCCAGCUGUGCCAACCGUCAAAGAUCCAGAAGGUGCACAAUUCUCCCACCACUGGUAUCCUACUAACUGGAAGUCUGGCGACACCUACCAAUCCUUGUCCAGUUCCAGCACGGCCACUGGCACAACAGUCAUCGAGUGCACUCAAGUUCAGGGAAGCUCAGAGUCUCUUGCCUCCCCUUCCACAUCCAGAGCCACGACACCUUCCCAACUCUCUAUCGAGGUGGAGGCCAGGGAAGUGUCCUCCCCAGGAAGGCCCACUGGGCUGAUGUCACCUUCCAGUGGCUACUCCAGCCAAUCAGAGACACCAACACCCACUGUCUCCAUGUCCUUGACCCUGGGCCACCUGCCCCCUCCAAGUGGCAGUGUCCGGGUGCGGCCAGUGGUACCCGAGAGGAAGUCAUCACUCCCCCCGACAUCGCCUAUGGAGAAAAUCUCCAAGUCCCGGUUGUCCUUUGACCUGCCACUGACCUCCUCAACCAACCUGGAUCUGUCUGGGAUGAGCAUCUCCAUCCGAAGCAAAACCAAGGUGAGCCGGCAUCAUUCAGAUACAAAUUUUGGGGCUAAGCUGGCCCUGAAAAAGAGCCCCAACCAGCCAUUUAUGCCCAUGGUCACUCAGUCUGACCUACGUUCCAUUCACCUGAGGUCUGUCAGCAAGUCUGAGCCGGAAGAUGACAUCGAGAGCCCUGACUAUGCUGAGGACGCAGGAGCAGAGGUCUUCGUAUUGCUGGAGAGAAAGAUGAAACCUCCCAUAGCCGAGAAGCCCCUUGUGGCCCGAAGUCCUCCCAGCUUGGUCCACAAGCCACCAUCUGCCCCUGAGGAGUACCCACUCACUUCACCGACCUUGGCUGUGACCCCCAAGAUCUCUGUUCAACACAUGCGGCCACUCCCCAAAGACAUCUACACGGUGAUGCGGAAACCAAAGUCCCCCGGCUUCCCCGAGGGCAGAGGCUCCAGGGAGCCACCAGCGCCCUCUUCUCUUGCUUUCACACCUUUUGCCAGUUCCUCUGGUGCUUUCUUCUCAGGAACACAGCAACCUCCCCAGGGCACACUGGAGGAUGGGGGCCCCAAGGUGAGAGCCCUGCCUGAAAGAAUCAGCCUCCAGAGCCAGGAAGAAGCAGAGAAAAAGAAAGGCAAGAUUCCACCUCCUGUCCCCAAAAAACCCAGCGUGCUGUACCUGCCUCUCACAUCACCCACAGCACACAUGGAGGUGUUCAGGGCCGAACUGAGGCUGCCCCACAGCCCCAUCAUCACCCUGCAGGAAGACACCAAGUGUCCGCCCACCAGUGACCCCCUGAAGGCACCUGGUGUGAGGCCAACUUCACCGCUGCAGGCUGAAGGUGAAAGGGAGGCAAGUCCUCUAGGGAGUUCUGUGGAACCGAGCACUGCAGAAAAAAGCAUAAUCAGUGACAAAACAGCUGAAUGGAUCGCCGAAGAUGAUGAUGACGUGUUUGUGGCUUCACGCACAACCGAAGAUUUAUUUACUGUGAUACACAGGUCCAAAAGAAAGCUGCUUGGCUGGAAAGAGCCUGGGGAGGCCUUUGCUGGUGGCAGCAGAUCAAGCUCCCAUUCACCAAUAAAGAACACAGCUGAUUUUUCCAUCAGUGAGUCAGCUGUCUCUGCGGGGUCGAGUGGCAGCGCCAACCUGGAUGCUGGCAGAAACAAUGAUUUCAAGGCCUUGCUGCAAAAGAAGGGAAGCAAGGCAACCCCCAAGUCCCGCCCCUCAGCUGCUGAACUGCUCAAGACCACUAAUCCGCUGGCUCGGAGAAUUAUUGCACAAUUUUCCAAAGAGUAUGAGACCACCAACAACCCUGGUACCUAAGUCCUGGGUUCAGCGCACAGGGUUGAGUGACUGGACUUGAGUUAGACAAAGGAGAAGAGAGGGUUUUCGAAAGGAACUAUGAAAAUCACAAAAGAGCCUAUGCGUCUUUUCCAUUAAUGCACCCUCUGGACAGCAAAAGAGAGGCCAAUGCAUCUAGAGGCCCUUGAAUCAUCUGCAGACAUUUUACACUUUCAUCCUUUCAAUCUGACUACCAAUUUGCUCCUUUCUCCCAACCCCCAAGUGUGGUGUGCCCUGAGGAGAGAUUAGCAGGCACCAUCUUUUCACUCACUGAAUGGGCCGCUCAGGCCCUGACUCCUGUCACCUAGGAGGAGUCUCACGAGAGAGGGCUGGAGCUGCCACAACCGGCAGCUGAUCAUUCACUUUCCUUGGCAAGGCCUUGCGGGGAAGCAGAAAGACUCUGAGGUCUCUUCAACCACAGUUUAGCUCUCCUCCGCUCCCCACCCCAAGAGGUUUGCGGGUGUACACUUAUUGCAGCAUGGGCUUGAUUGGCUGGCUUUUGUCGUGCAAAAUAUGAAUGUAACUCUGUCUCGAAAUUCAGGCCUUUUCCAGUUUGAUUGUCUACACAGUGAUUAGGGUAAUGAGUUUCAAUAAACAUGUAGAUCCGACCCCCCAAAAAAACCCUUUAGCUAGUCAGGACUGGGUUGCUUUGGAUUAACCAAGUUCAGCCAACAAACGAGGCCGCCAUGCGUUCGCUCAGAGGUAGCCAACGACACGCGCAUGCGCCUUGAGAUCCUUCAAGUGUCUGUCAACAACGUUAGGAUGAUGCCCAGCUCAUGCUGCACUCUAAGAACUCUCCUUUCAUUUGCAUAUAACCUUCAUUACAGGAAGUAAUUAGCUGAAGGAGCAGCAGCAUCAAAGGCUCAAGGAGGAGAGAAAGUAAGUGUAACUGGUCCACCUCCAUUCGAUUUAGGUUGUGGGUUGUGGUUGCUUUUGUUUUGUUUAAAGGAAGUCUUACUCUGUUCCAAAACCAGGAAUGUAUGGACUAAAAGGGAUCUAUCCAAAACCUAAAAGGCAGCCUUGCCAGUAGCUAUGGUCCAUAACACACAGAGAAAAAAAGGGCUAUUUUUUUUUUUUUGGCCAUUUAGGCUCCACUGUGUAACUAACAUUCAAUUAACUGUGCUGGAGGGGGUUAGUGUAGAGGCUGGUAAAAACAGGAUACUGACAGAGCCCCAGAACAAUCCUUGUGACCCCUUCUCCCCCACCCCCCAACACACGCAAGCUUAUAGGCACUAACUAUGCUUGUCAGUUCAACUUUAUAGGCAGAGCAAAAGCAGUGAUUUGUUUGAUUUUCAUAUGUCUGGUUUCUGGGAGGCUGAAGGAAGAAAACAGACAAUGCAUUGAACAAAAACUGGCUGACCAGUAAUGGAAGGUUAAUUGUCCACCUUCCCAAGAAGGGAAAAGAAAAAUCCAAUGAAAUUGUAGCCUGCUUGCUGGACCCCUUCUUCCUUCACUACCACUCCCCCCCCCCCCCAUUCAUUGGCCGACCUCCUGGAGGAUGCAGAAACUGCCCCGGAGACAAGUAAAUCUUGAUUUUGAUAGGUCUCAUUGCUCACCAAUGAGAAGCAAGCUUUUAGCUCCACUGCCCACACUCUAACAGAGCAGCUGAAAAACCAUGCCGAUCGCUGAGGAGACUUGGGCCUCUCACUUGGAAGCCUUAAGCCUAGGCCCUUGGUUGGUAUGGUUCUGAAUUCUAGGCUUCUGAGUACAGGCCAGGCUCACCAACUUCUUCACAAUCAGCACUUCCCCCUGAUUUGGCAGAGGACACUUAAAAUAAUAAACAGCGAGAACCCAGUUGCUUUCGAAAGCAUUCAGACUACUCGGUUUGAAGGUCCUGAUCGAAUUUCACGGGUUUUGCCUGAGAUAAAAUAGACUGGUUCCUGGCCUGAAUUUAUAUAUGAAUGCCACACUUGUCUGCCUCAGACUCAGAAUUCCAAAAGACAGAAACAUUUUCUCCUGUAGGGAAACAAAGGGGUGUGUUCAUGCUUUGGCCUAACAAAAGUGAAAGGCUGCCAGGGCCUUCUCCUUGGGAACCACUUUGAACAGCUGAACUCUGAAGCCAAAUGUGAAACUCACAUAAGUAUAGAUUGUGUUACUUCUGCUGCUUUUUCUAGAAGCUUCUUGUUUGCUACUUCUAGUGGGUUUCACCUCUCCCCCCAACUUGCUGUCUCUGGUGGUUUUUCCAAAAGAUUUUCAAGCUGAAUGCCCAGACACUUUUGUAUUUUUCCAUUACCUUGAGUCUUGCUUUCCUCUACAGUAGUCUGUCUACCUGGGAUUUUUAUAACAUCUUCUGCAGCAUUACUGUGACCCUUGAGUGCCCAGUGGUGUUUCUAUUAGCACAAGGGGAUUUGGGGGCAAUGAUUGUAUGGGCAGAGAUAACUCUGAGGACUAGAAAUAUUCCUUUAAAAUUUUGAAGUGGGGGACCUAAUCCUCCCCCCAAAAAAACAACCAAACUGUAAAAUUUGCUCAUCUUUGAUGACCAUAACACCAAACAUUUUUCUGCUCUUAACGCCAAACUUCUCUUGCCCCCGUGAGUAUCAUAACACCAAAUCUCUCUCCCACCGAGGCACAUAGCACAAUGUUUGCUGCCUUCUACACCUACUCUGCUAAGACUGGAGAAGACAGGCUGAAAGCCCCUCUUGGCAGGCUUUCACAGAACCUCCAACUGCCAUUGUUACUUAUACAGAUCAUAAUGAUAAUAGUUUUUGAAGGUGAAAGCCCAGAAGGCUCAAGUGAAAUGAAGUUGGCCCUAGGAGGUCAGCUUCCAAUUCAAGUUGUUUCUAUACCUCUAUUUGCUCUGUUUGCUCUGUUUUCCAACCAAUAGUGGCAGGUGGCUCUGCUAGACUGACUUUCACUCUGGUCACAAGUAGAGAGAGUCAUCCCCAGGAUUGUUAAUGGGUAGCUAAGAGUGCUUUGCUCUAAGUGGGUGUUCAUUACUUAUUUGUGGUUCAGAUGUUGAGGGUAGAGAGCAAGCCAUUCUUGGUACAAUAAGUCUUGCUGGUCCCUCUUCUCCUCCCCCUUCGUCAUCUCUCGCCUGGGCCUCCCACCUGGCCGCAACUUGUCUCGCAGCCCCAACCCCCAUGAACUGCAUGCCUAGCCUACAGCUUAUCCUUUAAGGAGGCAGGACCACAGGCAGCUAAAUAGUUCAAGUUAGCCUAGUGACCACAAAUCAACCAGUUGGUCCAAAGGCAUUACCUGGAACGUGCAGAGAUGGAGGAGAUUCUGCAAGGCUUACAGUGAGCAUUUCACUGGACAUCCAUUUCAACUCUCUAGACAACACAGAUCAGAUUGUGAUCCCGCUGUACCUAAUCUGUGUGAGCAGAUGUGUCCAUGCACCUGCCCUCUUGCUCACAAACUCAUCCCUAAAAAGAUGAUUUCAUGGCCAGGGCUCUGUUCCUCACCAGUGCAGCCUUCCAUCCUCACCAAGUCUAUAACACAAUAGUAAGCUUUCACUUUAAUCUGAUCUGCCAGAGCCAAGACCAGAGUGAGGUGAAUGAAGUGCCCACUCUCAGGGCUGAGCAGGUGCCUUACCCUUGUCCCAGCCCUGAACUCUGCACUCUACAAAUACAAGUUUAUCUUCUUCCUGUGCAGAAGUGUGGUUCCUCUGAUGGCUCCCUAUCUGCUGUUGCUCCAAAUGUUUUAUUACCAUCUAUUUUCUUCCAUUGCUAUCAACCUUUGUAUGCCUAUACAUUAAAGGGUCUUCAAAAUUAUCAGAAAACAUGGUUAAUUUUCAAGCAACCUGCUCCGGGUGGCAAGCUAGCACCCAUUUCAAUAGGGAUGCAGACAGGGGGUCAGUCCUUCACCAAAAUUGUGAAUGAGUUGGAGGCCUGCCACUGAGAUCCCCUUUCUCCUCUUUCUACUCCAUGUGCCCCAGACCUUGAUUCCCAGCACAACUCUUCUGAGUGCCUCCUAGUUUUGUUCUCCUCAAUAAGAAAAAUGUGCUCUCAGGAAAGGGAUGAAGUCCUUUACUUUGACAUUGUGAGGGUCGCUUGCAUUAUAACAGGGGAAAAGCCUAAAGCCGAAGGAAUUGAAGUUCUACUUGUAGAAUUUUAGGCACCAAUUCAUUGCCAAAGUGUAUCUUUCACCACGGAAAGGCCAAAUUCUCUGUCAGCUAAUUUCAAAAUAUAGAACCUGGAAUUAUUUUAUUACAUUGCCACUGAUUGGCUACAUAGUCCUGAUACCCAGUGCUGUUCUCUUGGACAGGGGACCAAGGGACCACAUCUACCAAGAGACUCUCAGCAAUGGCUCCUGAGAGCCACGGAGAAGGCUGAGAUCAUUCCUAUUGUAAAGUAACAUUUUGACACAAAUGGAAUACUAAUCAUGUUAGCAAAAGAACACAAGGAGUUAGAGUUAGAAUGUAUCCUCUUCGUGAAAGGUGAAAUUGUCCAAUCAAUGUCUGAUCGAUGUUGGUUGCCCAGUGUUGGUGAUAAUUAUUAAACUUUCUGGAGGUACAACUUUACUGAA